CGUAUGAUCGACGAAAUGAGCCCCGCCGAGGCUGCCUGUGCGCCGGGCUGAGUUUAGUUUUCGCCCGGGGCGGCGGAGCUCCGUUAAAGCCCCUAGAGGCGGAUCACAGCACAAACACAGUCUUCCGUUCCCGUUCAGCACCACAUCGGACUCCCCCGUGCGCGGACAGCGAUGCGUCUCCAUCCGAGCCUCAGCCGACUCUCCCUCAUCACCGAUUCCCGUCGGUGUCGGUUUCGAGGAGUUCAGCCAAGGUUUCGACACGCAUGUGAGCACAACCGCCGUCUGUGAGCGCGCAGAGCCAACAAAAGCGCCCGGAAAGUGGAGAGAUCGGCCGUCACCGCGGACAAAGAGCUGCCGUUCAGAUGCGCAGAUAACUUUCAGGAGCUUUGCGGAGGUUUUUCUUUAUGCGGACGAAAGGCUGAAGAUUGUUGUAAUAAUCAUGCCUGUGCGGAGAGGUCAUGUCGCUCCUCAGAAUACAUUUCUUGGGAUAAUCAUACGGAAAUUCGAGGGACAGAAUAAGAAGUUCAUCAUAGCCAAUGCCCGGGUCCCGAACUGUGCAAUUAUUUACUGUAACGACGGUUUCUGUGAGAUGACUGGAUUCUCGCGGCCGGAUGUGAUGCAGAAACCUUGUACAUGCGACUUCUUGCAUGGCGAGCAAACCAAGAGGCAUGAGAUUGCUCAGGUGGCUCAGGCUUUGCUGGGCUCAGAGGAACGCAAAGUGGAGAUUACCUACCAUCGCAAAGACGGGUCAUUUUUCCAGUGCAACACUCACAUCAUCCCGGUGAAGAACGAAGAGGGAGUGGUGAUGAUGUUCAUCCUGAAUUUUGAUUACGUGUUGGACGAGGACAGCAGCAGCUCUACGGAGAGACUGAACCUCACGCCGCCCGCCAAAGCUGAAAUCAGAAAAGGCCGGUUCUUCCGUCUGCGUCUGCCCUCACUGAAGCUCCUGGGGGUCAGUAAACAGUCUCUCCCUCAGGACGACCCAGACUCAGUCAUGGUGGACUCACCCAGAGCCAGCGACCAGAGUGAUGACUCUGCGGCAGUGAUGGAUGUCCCGUCGCCUACCCAGCAUGUCUGCAGUCCAGCCGAUGCCAACGACACGCGGGCGCUGAUCCGCUCCAGCAGCCAAUCAUCUCCGGUCAGCGUUCCUCUGGACCACUCAUCCCCCAGACAGACGUGGCAUCGGCCCGGAGCAGCUCAGACUCAGUCCAGCAGCUGUCUGGCGCAGGCCGUGUCCAGAGACAGUGUGUGCAGCCGCAGACGAGCCUCCUCCGUCCACGACAUCGAAGGGUUGAGCGCAAACCACAAACGCCUCUACACAGACAGACACACCAGUGAAGGUGAGUGAGCCAUCACAACAUAGGUCUCAAACUUGAUGCCUGGAGGGCUGCAACUAUGCACAGUUUUGCUCAAACCUUGUAAAACACAACUGAUCCAACUGAUCAAGGUCUUCAAGACUACUACACUGUAUCCAAAAUUGCCUACUACUCAAGUAGGUACUACAUUUGAAUUUCAAUUUACUACAAGACUGUCAGAAAAAAAGUAUGUUCCAUAAGGUAUAAAUGUAUCUUAUAGAACAUCCGCCAUUUGUCAUUGUGACCUACCCACGUCAGUUGUGUUGAUUCACUCCCAUUCAUAAAUUUUCUCAAGUGGCAUCAUGGGGUACCGCAGCAUCCAUCAGAUGCGCACUUCAGAAGGUCAUCCGGGUGCUACUUGCGUACCGUUUUUUGAAUUCUAAGAAUCUGGACCAAUGACUGUAAAAAAUAUGGACGACACGACAGCCCUUUUUCCCAUUGAACGCCUUGAGGGCAAAACGCCUGCUUGACG